AUGAUAAAAAUUUAUAAAGAAUAUUUUAAGGGGAAAUAUUAUUUUAGUAAUAUAUUUUCAUAUAUAUUAUUAUAUCUACACAAUAAAGAAAACUUCUUUAAGAAAAGAGCAAAUAAAAACAACUUAUUUAAUAAUUUUAAAAAAUCAUUUAGUUUAAAAAAGAAAGUUAUAAAUGAUAAAAAAAAAAAAAAUAUAGUAAUUCAUUUUCCUUCAGAAGAAAUUAGUAAUUUUUAUUUUCAUUAUUUUGUAUAUAUGUUAUUACCUAAGCUGAAUUUAAGUGAAAAUGACAAAAAAAAAAUUAUCGAUAACGUAUAUUUAAUUAAUAAUAAAAUAGAUGAAAAUGUAAAUAUAUACAUUUAUAAUAAAAUAAAUCAAGGCAACUAUAAUAUAAUUUUUUGUAAUAAAUUAUUACCAAAGGAGAAAUAUAAUUAUACUGAUACCUUCUUAAUUUUCUUAGAAAAUAAAUAUUUUCUUGAUUUGUUUAUGAAAAUAAACAAAAGAAAAAAAAAAAGAAAACAUCUAUUUUUAAAAAGGAAAGAAAAGGAUUUCAAUGUUAUAAAUUAUAAUUUUUAUAAAUUAAAAAAAAAUAAAGUAGAUACUUUAUGCAAUUGCUUAUAUGUCUUUUAUUUGUCAAGUUAUAACUUUAAAAAACAAGUAAUAGUUAAGAGAAAUAAGAGCUUAGAUUUGCUUAUAAAAUAUAAUCAAAUAACCAAAGAAAUAAAUAGUAACAUACAAUGGAUAAAUCACUAUUCUUUUUAUAAAUUUUAUUCUAACGCAUAUUUAAGUUUUCUUAAUUAUAGAAUGCAUAUUUUUCAGAAUGUCAUCAAAAAGGUUAUAGAAAAAAAAAAAAAAAAAAAAAAUACUUUAAAUGUUUUUUUAAAAAUUAAAAAUCUUACACUAAAUUCAAAUAUAUUUUUUGAAUUCAUAAAUAAGCAAAUUUUAUAUGUUGACUUUGAUCAUGCUGCUGACAUAUAUAUUAAAUUUUUAGAAUUAUAUGAAAAAAUUUCUUUAUUCUCAAGUGUUAAAAAUACCUCCGAACAUAAAAUUAGUAAAAUUAAUGAAAAAAAAAAUUAUAAUAAAACCAUUUUAAUAAGAGAAAUGAAAAAAAAUGUGAACAUACACAUAUGGAAUAAUGAUGAGAAGGAAGAUUUUUAUUCCAAUCUAACUAAAAUUAAGUUUUGUAGAUUUUUCAAUUAA